UACCAGUUGACAGUUGUAAAAUUCAAAUUUUAGAGGUUAGUUUUUUGGUUUAAUUGUCACAUGUGUUACUGAUUAUUGAUUUUUAAAAAUGUCGGUUUGGAAAAAAGCCGCAAAAGCGCACCAGAAAAGCCACAAAGAACGCCACCAGCCAGAAGAACGCAAGCACCUCGGUUUAUUAGAAAAGAAGAAGGAUUAUGUCAAGCGAGCCAAAGAUUUCAAUGAAAAGAAAGAAACCCUCAAACUCCUACGUAAAAGGGCUCUCAACAAAAAUCCUGAUGAGUUUUACCACCACAUGAUCAACUCAAAAACGGAAAAUGGCAUGCAUUUUGAAAAAGAAACUGAAGAUGAAGAUACACCAGAACAAAUAAGGUUAAUGCGAAGUCAAGAUUUGAAGUAUAUCACGACGAAAAGGACGCAAGAAUUGAAGAAAAUUGAAAAACUUCAAGCACAAUUGCAUUUAGCAAGCGUGGAUCACGACGUGAAAAAUAAACAUAUUUAUUUCACUAAGAAUAUAGAUAAGGAAGAAUUAACAAAGAAGAAAUUGGAGCAGCUGUCAAAAAAAGAGUUGCCUGACGUGAAUCUGGAUGAUUUAGCUGAAGCGACGAAGAAAAAGAAACAUUUAUAUAAUGAAUUAGCAAAGAGGAUUAACAGAGAGAAGGAAUUAUCAGUAAUUCAACAGAAAAUUGAAAUGAAAAAACAUGUGGAGAAUAGGAAGAACGUUUUACCCCCAAAACGAGUGCGGAGAGGAAAUCGCAAUCGAGCACCGAUUUAUGUAUGGCCAUAUGAAAGAAAAAAGUAAAUUGUAAGUGAUGUAAUGAAUAAAUCAUUCUAAA